ACAAGUGAACAGCACACCGAACACCGUACACCGGCAUUCGCAUUCGCUGACAGACGUGCGCCGAUGAAGCAGCAGCAACAAGUAACUGCUCCCUGGACAGCGAUAUAAACAGCAAAAGGCAUCCCCAACGGCAUUCAUAGCAUACAACAAAUACGUACUAUAUAUAUACACGCUUGAAACCAAAGAAUGGGAGGCUGUUGCUCAAAGGAUUUGGAUGACAAACGCUCCUGGAGUCCCGAGGAGACCAAGAAUGGCAGCACCACAUCGACCAUCAUUGCCCAGCCGCUGGAUGAGGUGGGCUCCACCGGUGUAUUCACAUUAACACGCACCACCACCAGCACCACGCGGCAGGAGAAGACGGUGACCACCACCAACGAGGAGCGGGAGCAGGAUUAGCUGCCAACGGAUUAUGAUGAAAGCCAAAAACCUUCUUUUUUUUUUUUUACACCUUUUUGUUGAAACGAAUUCAAUGCCAAUGUGUGCGUGAGUGUGUGCGUGAGUCUGCUGUGAGUGUGUGAAUACUAAUAAAAUAAAAUAAAAUAAAAAGAAAUGUACAUACGAACAAUGUGAAUAUGAAUAUGAAUAUGCAUCAAGUUAAGCUGUUAACGAGUAAUAAUUAAUUGUUAUGCGCCUGAAAUUCGAUUUCGUAAUAAAUUGUUGAAUCGCUAAAUACUGCACUUUGCUUUGAAUUAUCGGCAAAAAGAAAAAUCA